GAAGAAAAGACGGGGAUAAAGAAAAAAGAGAGAAGAAAGGAGCAGAAAAGAAAGAAAUGAAUGGGAAGAAAGAAAAGAAUGAAAAAAAGAAAGAGAUGGAAAGAAAAGAACAGAAAAAAGAAAAGAGCAGGAAAAAAAGAGAAGAACGGGAAAGAAAAGAAU